AUGUUGUUAUCCAGUGAAUCGAUUGACGAUGCAGUUGUCUGUUCAAAUCUUCCAUAUUUUAAAGCUAUAACAACACUCGCAAAUGCGUAUGGUAGUCGUCUUGUUGAUCUGUUAUGUCGUUAUCGAUUGCCGUUGAAGUCAGUUGAUAGUGAUUUGAAAGACUUUAUUGAUUCAACUUACUCAGGCGAUAAUGAUUAUUCACGAUUCGAGAAACAAGAUUCUCUACUCAUCGAGUUAGUAUGUACGCAGUUAGACGAAGGUGUUGAUGGAAUGUCAAGAUUCAGAACUUGCAACGGUAAUGCAGCUGAAGCUUGUUUAUGGGCUCCUGCUUUAUGGAUUAAAGUUGUGAUACGGGAUUCAUCGCGUUUGAAUAAUGCUUGGAGAGGUGAGGCUUCUUCAAAACAUGUUGCCUGUUUAGGACGUCAAGCAGAGGAACUGGUUUUCACCUCUCAUUGGUAUCAACGAGGUCAACCUCAAAACUGGAUUCGUGUAAUUGUUCAUUGGUUACCACAUUCAUCGUCUAUUGAAAUCAAUGAUCUGGAUGAAGAUUUACGCGAACAUCUUGAAGAUAUUGGAGUCAUCCUAAUUACUGGCUCUAAUCCAUGGAUUAGUAAAGAUUUACCGGCUAUUUCUACAGCAUAUCCUAACUAUAGUGUAUCUCUUCAGCGUUUAAUGUUACCGUUGUUUAAGUUUAGGAACUUUUUGAACUGUUUUAUUGAAUGUGAAAAUUCUAGUGAUUUCAAACAGUUUAAAUUAGAUGCUGUGGAACAAAUUUUUCAGUUACUCAACAGACUAUCUAGUGUUUGUAAUAAAAAUGAUAGUAUGGAAGUUGAUGAAAUGUUACUUGGCAGUAGGGAUUUGUCAAUUACAUUCACAGUUAUUAGUCCAAUGGAUGCAGUACUACAAAGAACUGCAGUAUGGCCAUUUUCACCAACUUCAUAUGAUCAUAUAGAUGAGUCAAAUCGAGUUAAUUUAGAUAUCUCAGCUUUAAUUGCAUUCGUCUCAGAACUGUCCCAAUUCAAUCCUACAUAUUCAUCUGAUCAAGAAGAGAAUAUAAAUGAUAAAGAGGCUAUAUCUGCUAAAAUUUUAGACUGUUUACAAUCUCCUGAAAGACAUACUCAGUUAUUGAAUUAUCCUCCAUUGAAACUGGGGAAAUUUAAAUGGUUAAUUGCAUCUGAAGCUGAAGUUCCUGUUUUGCUACCAAUGGAUAAGUAUCUUCGAGGUAAAGUUCAUGUUGUUUGUCUAAGUGCUGUUCGCUCAUUUCUAAAUAUUCUUGCACUGAUAUCUGGACCUGGUGAAUGGAAACGUGGAAUACAACUGAUUAGUCAGCUGGUUGUAAUACCUGAUUUAAAUUUCACUGGCGAAGUGAUACCUCCACUUGGUAAACCAAAAGAAUCCAAGAAUAGUAACUAUUUAUUAACACAGCGUAUCAUGGAAGUUGGUAAUGAACUAGAGGCACUCACAAUCACAUCAAAUGCUGGUUUUCUACGAUCUGUUCGUAAAUCAAACCUGAGAUAUUCUGCCUUACUCCUUCCUGCUCGUGCUUUGACAGAAAACACUCCACGUGUAUCGUAA